UUCUGAACUAAUGUGGUCGAUUUGAAUGAGCGAAGGAAAGGACGCCGCGCGAGUAGUGUUUACAAAAAAACUGAGAAGUUGUGUGAAGGCAUUUGAAUUAAGCACGUGCCUGCAGGGAAAAUGGUUUUGACGAAAGUGCCAAUUACGCCUCAGUGGAAUUUAACCAACGGUUGUGUGUGCACGCCGGAUGGUGGCUUUCUUUAUGUAGGAUCACGCAGCAUCAACUAUGUGGGCCCCUUAGAGCAAGGGGAUGGGGUAGCACACAAGUCACCACAGAUCAAAGUGUUUCAAACUCGCCAGAGCAUAAUGAGUAUAGAUGUCGAUCCGGGAUGGCCUAAAAGUGGACGACCAAUUGAAGUUGGAAAACCUUCUACUGCUGGAGCUCAACAAAAAUAUUUCGCAGCUUUGGCACAGGAUAAUUCAGUACAGAUUUGGGAUUUUGAUCGUGGUUGUGCGGUGAGUGGUCAUAAGGCUCAUUUUAGCACGGCCUUAUAUAUGGAAGGCAAUGGACCAUCACCUCAGGGCGAUCAUGUACUUUUAAGCUAUAUGAAAAAUCGUAAUGUUCUGUCAAUGAACGCUCAGGAUUUAGUGGUGUAUUGUGUUGCAUCGAAUACAUACUGUCGUCGGCAGAUGUUCGUAUCGGCACGAAAUCAAACGCUAACUGUAUUGCGCUGUUCACCAUACAAUGAACAUAUAUUUGCUGUAGGCAACAAUCGGGGACUGGUUGUAAUUGGCGAUUUACAAAGUAUGAGCACCUUGUACACACUUCGUGGGCACGAAGCUUCCAUAACUGCAUUGUCGUGGUGUCCGAAAAUGUUAGAACCAUUAAAACGUGGAUCUUCUGAAACAAAAGAGUUGUCCAUAGCGCAAAAAGCCACAAAGGAAAUUUCAAAAGAAGAGCAGCCGUUUUUAAAUAAAGAUAUAAAUAAUUCAAAAGUUAAUUCAAACAAGAAUGCCAAACCGCAAAAGGACAUGAAAAAAUCAGUAAUGCCAGUUGUAAAUGAUGACAUCUUCGACAUCUAUGACUACGACUAUUUGGAAAAUGAAUUCGGCGCACCUACAGAAUCGGAAAAGAAAGUCAAGGAUGCAAAGUCAGCUGAUGAGUUUGUAGGCGUUGAGAAAGCUGUAGAACGUGGUGUAUUGACGAAUUUCGAUUUUGCCGAGGCAUGCCAAAGUUUGAAAGAAGAAAUAGAUGCUUUGAAAAAUGAACCAAACUAUGAUCAGGACGAUCCCAAAAGAAUGUCUGAGGUUACGCUCGCGGAUUGUCAAAAAGUAUCGCGUGCCGACGACUUAUCAUCUAGUUGUGGAGAAGGUAGCCGUGAGUCAACAGAAGGUAGCUUAGAAAUAGCUGAUCGUUCUUCGGAUGACGAUGUACGCGUAGAUGGUGGCGAAGUAAACCCGAAGCAACAAAUACUCCAUCAAGCAGAAGUGCAUGCAGAGCAAACAAAUGAUUUGGAGAAGAAAUUAAUUGAGGUGAACAGUGAAGAGUUAGCGGAUACUAUCAAAGAAGAAAAAGAUGAAACAAAUAGUGUUAAAGCAGAAGAAGCAGAGAGGGAUGAAAAACAGGAGCUGCCUACAGAAAGUAAUUCCGAACAACCCUCUGUUGAUGGCUAUGGCUCUCAAGAGAAUUCUUCCACUUUCCUCAAUAAUACACGGAACACUAUAUUGUUGGCCUCAGCGAGCGUUGAUGGUAAUUUUUGGAUAUGGAAUACAAAUACUGGGGCAAGCUGCGACAGUGUACGCCCUUUGAAUAACGGCAAGCAUGGUAAAAAUACCAGCAUUCACAUCGAUUGGUUGAGUUCUACACAAUUUCUAACCACAAAUAGAACUGGUGAACUAUCACUUUGGUCAAUGAUAAAUGACCUUUCACUAGAGCCGCCAAAGCGUCAACAGUGGCGCUACAAGUUCAAAGAGGAAACACAACAACGUUUUCAGCAGCGUAGUGUUAUGUCCUUUAGUGCUUCGUAUCGUUCCAAAUUACUCUGGUGCUUGUCUUCACAUCGGGAGAUCAGCUGUGAAAACUUGGAAACGGGAAAUAUGCUACUCAAAUACUGCUGCGCUUCUACGAAUGUUUCGGCUAUGCGCGAGUGCCCGGAUGAUAUGAAUAAAAUUGCGCUGGCCUUCUCUGAUCGUCGUGUCGGCAUUAUCGACAUUUCAAAGAUGUCUGCCACUAAUGUGUUCAUCGAAAAUUAUAUCUCGCGUGUUGAUGCGUCCGUGCUUUCACUAGUUUGGAGCCCUGAUAGUAAGAAAUUGGCAUUUGGCACGUUGGAGGGCAGAGUUGGCAUAAUUUAUGUAGAAGCUGCUAAACCUACCAUGACCUUCAAUUCGUUUUGUGGCAAACCAAUUUACUCCAUUGAUUGGCAAGGCGAUCAUAUAUUUGUGGUUUGCAACGAAAUUUUAGCCAUUUACGACGAAAGCUUGGAAAAUAAAGAUGCUCACAUUAUCCGUGAAGUCCAAAGCGUUUCAACGGUAUCAGUGCGCGGCCACAUACUUUACGUAGGCACACAACGCGGCCACAUACAGGUGUACCAUCGUAAUCCCAGUCUUCCUUACUCCUACAUUCUAAUGCAGGACGUGCCAUUGGCGCCACGCUACAUCACCGAAAUCUCCUGGAGUGCCAUUGCCAGCGAUCACGUCGCUGUAGUGGCCAAUGCCAAUAACAUACACAUAUUAAAAUCGAUCUCGCCCGACGGCCUCCUUACGCCCGUGCGUCGCAUCGAGAUCAAAAAUUCAAAGGCUGCCAAUGCUUGUGUUAAAUGGAGCAAUCGUAAUGCUGCCGAGUUUCUCACUUGCGGUUUCGAUGGUGGUGUACGUGUUUGGGACUUGAAUUCAACGACCAACGAUGAGAAAUUCCUUAAACAAUUUCCAUGUCCCAUGACAUGCGGCCUCUUCUUGCCAACCGAUGAACAGAUUGUGAUGUGUGCCGGUAAAUCUACCUCGAUUGAGUUGUUCGAUAUGCGUUUAGAGCAGUCCGUGGUUUAUUCGGCGAGCAAAUGGAAGCGUUCCAAUACCCACACAUUGGAAUCUGUGAAAUGGGCCUUGAAGGUGCCCACACGUCCUGAUGCGGCCAAACCAGUGACAGCGGCGGAGAAGCGUCGUGCCAAGCGUACUGUAAUGGGUAGCUAUGAGGAAACAUCGGGGGCAGUUGAAGGUGCAAAUGGGGCAGAGCAUGAUGAGAGUGGUGAAGUAGUCGAUUUGUUGGGGGCGUUAAAGUUAAGAGAGCCUACUCAAAAGUGCAGCGCAUCGGAAAAGAACGCGGAAGCUGAGGUAUCAGCACAGCAACAAGUGGUAAAGAAAAAUGAAAAUAAGUUAGGGAUGGGCAACACUUCCGUCUUUAUGAAGAAAUCAACGACUGUAUUUAACUUAACAACCAAGGAACUGAACAAAGAUGUUUUGGAGAAAUUAAAUAUGGCCUUAGAUAGUUCGGGAAAUAAAAAUUUACUUUGUGCGAAAUUAUUUGGUACAAAAGCAGACGCUAAACAUUUACUGGCAGAGGAAUUGAAACAUCAUAGAUACUCAAGAACUACCGGCAUACCCAACUUAUUUAUGACACAAUUAAACUCAUCAAUCAGAGAGGAGAUACUUAAUUGCAUACAGAGCAAACAACUGUCCGAGUGGCAUGUGGCCGUCGCACCUACCAUAUCUUAUGGUUUUUGGCAAAAAUGCUGCCAAGCAUUCGCCGAUCAAUUGUUGGAGCAGGGCUACGCACUGCAAGCGGCUACGUACAUAAUCGCAAUGCAUCACCAUAUUGAAGCCAUCGAAAUGCUCAUGUCAAAGCAUUAUUAUAAAGAAGCGCUCAUAAUCGGUCGCAUUCACUUGCAAAAGGACGAUCCACUGUUAAACGAUAUUAGCGACAAAUGGAUCACGCACUUGGAUAUGACUGGCAAUUUGACUGGCUCGGCUUUGCUUUGCGUACUCUCGGGCCAGCUGAAUCGUGCUUAUGAAACUUUAUCCAAAGUGCGGAAUGUUCAUCCCGAAAUCGAGCGUGUACUUGGAAAGAUGAAAAGCAAAGAGCCUGUUAGACAAUAAGUCAUAUAGUUUAUCAGUAUACUUACAUACUUAGAUUAAAAAUUUUCUACCAUAAGAAAACCUACAAAUGUAUUGAAGUGACUAAGAAUUGCUCGAAUGGCAUUGUUAUUGUUUACUUUACUUUUACGUUAUUGUAACAGUUAAUUUUUUAUAUGAAUGAAUUUGUAAGUAAUUGAUUUUGAACUAUGAAAAAAUAAAGAGUGAACUCGAAAUUACAGGAACUGAAAAAA